ACCCACUGUUCUACCUCUUGUGGCUGCCAUGCUGACUGCCCGCCUCUUCAGACCCCUGUCACAGCUCCCUGGGAGAACCCUGAGUUGCUACGAUAGAGAAAAUGGAACAAGGCGCAUGCUGAUGUUUUACUCCGCCUCUUUGGUCCCUAUCAGCCGUCGUGCUUAUUCCGAUGAGGUGAAGCCGGUUGGCAGCAAAGCCGUCCUGGUCACAGGCUGUGACUCGGGAUUUGGGUUCUCCUUGGCCAAGCAUCUGCAUUCAAAAGGCUUCCUUGUGUUUGCCGGCUGCUUGAUGAAGGACAAAGGAGACGCUGGAGUCAAGGAGCUGGACAGCUUGAAGAGUGAUCGAUUGAGAACUGUCCAGCUCAAUGUCUGCAAAAGUGAGGAGGUGGAGAAAGUGGUGGAGACCGUCCGCUCGAGCCUGGAGGACCCUGAGAAAGGCCUGUGGGGCCUCGUUAACAAUGCGGGCAUCUCAACUUUCGGAGAAGUAGAGUUCACCAGCAUGGAGACCUACAAGGAAGUGGCGGAAGUGAACCUUUGGGGCACGGUGCGGAUGACAAAAUCCUUUCUCCCCCUCAUCCGAAGGGCCAAAGGCCGUGUCGUCAACAUCAGCAGCAUGCUGGGCCGCAUGGCCAACCCGGCCCGUUCCCCCUACUGCAUCACCAAGUUCGGGGUGGAGGCCUUCUCUGACUGCCUGCGCUACGAGAUGCACCCGCUGGGCGUCAAGGUCAGUGUGGUGGAACCUGGCAACUUCAUCGCCGCGACCAGCCUCUACAGCCCUGAGCGCAUCCAGGCCAUUGCCAAUAAGAUGUGGGAUGAGCUGCCUGAGGUGGUGCGCCAGGACUACGGCAGGAAGUACUUUGACGAGAAGAUCGCCAAGAUGGAGACCUACUGUAACAGUGGCUCCACAGACACAUCCCCUGUCAUCAGUGCUGUCACCCACGCUCUGACCUCUGCCAGCCCCUACACUCGCUACCACCCCAUGGACUACUACUGGUGGCUUCGAAUGCAGGUCAUGACCCACUUGCCCGCAGCGGUGUCCGACAGGAUCUACAUACACUGA